UGUGGGGUCGGAAGGUGAACCGGCCCCGGUGUGUGGGAUCCAGAGUGAGCCGAUGGGAAUGUGGGGAGAUGUGGGGUCGGAAGGUGAACCGGCCCCUGGUGUGUGGGAUCCGGAGUGAGCCGAUGGGAAUGUGGGGAGGUGCCGGGUCGGAAGGUGAACCGGCCCCGGUGUGUGGGAUCCGGAGUGAGCCGAUGGGCAUGUGGGAAGAUGUGCCGGGUCGGAAGGUGAACCGGGCCCCGGUGUGUGGGAUCCGGAGUGAGCCGAUGGGAAUGUGGGGAGAUGUGCCGGGUCGGAAGGUGAACCGGCCCCGGUGUGUGGGAUCCGGAGUGAGCCGAUGGGAAUGUGGGGAGAUGCUGGGUCGGAAGGUGAACCGGGCCCCGGUGUGUGGGAUCCGGAGUGAGCCGAUGGGAAUGUGGGGAGAUGUGCCGGGUCGGAAGGUGAACCGGCCCCGGUGUGUGGGAUCCGGAGUGAGCCGAUGGGAAUGUGGGGAGAUGUGCCGGGUCGGAAGGUGAACCGGCCCCCGGUGUGUGGGAUCCGGAGUGAGCCAAUGGGAAUGUGGGGAGACGUGCCGGGUCAGAAGGUGAACCGGUCCCCGGUGUGUGGGAUCCGGAGUGAGCCGAUGGGAAUGUGGGGA